GACAAACGACAUGGCCGACAUACUUUGCUGUCGAGUUAUUUUGCUUUCGAAAUCGUAAAACUUUGACGAUCUUUCUAAAGAGCGUUGCUUUCCAUCAGUAGAUAUAAUUUGUACGACGGAAGGAAUAUCUUGUGUCAUGGAUAGAAAUUAUUUUGUGGGUAGAAGAGGUCGUGGUGGUAGUGGAGGCAGAGGCCGAGGCAGAGGAAGACCACCAAAUACAGGAGAAGGUAGGCAAAGUGGUCCGCAUCUUGGUUAUCGAAAACUGCAAGAGAUUAGAUCUACGGAACCGUCAGAGAUGGCAAUGACCCUCCUUAAGUAUCGCGACAGCUUCGAAGUGUUGGUAAACGCCGAGGAUAUCAAAGAAGAUUGGAUGACACUGCUUGUGGAAAUCCUGGGCAAAAUGUGUGAUACUAUGAUGACCCAGAAUCUGAUAGAAGUGAUGUCUAUCUGCAAGGGAUCCGCCCUUAUGGCCACUCAUUUGCCUAAAUACAUCUUAAAUCUCCCUUUUAUUAAAGAGGAUAUGAAUUCAGAUCAGUUUUCUUUACUGGUGGAAUGCUUGAUAACUUUUUUCAAGGAAUGGCUUGCCAAACUCCCCCACUCCUUCUGUCACGACGUUCCUAUUGAUAAACUCAGUGGAGUUAUAAACGACAUUGACGUAAAAGGGUUUGAAAAAUACAAGAAAGAGGUGGAAACGCUUCUUCUUGAAAGACGCGAGCAAAUUAGGAAGGAGAGAGUAGUAGAACAAGCAUCGAAAUGGCCGAAAGUUAAACCUCAAGAAGUGGAGCCACCCCCACCGAAUGACUUUAGAGAAAUAUCCAUUUAUCCAAGCGAGACUGAAAUUAAUUCAGAGGAGAGGCCCUUUCUGCGACGAAACAAAACUGCUGAAACGGAGAAGUACAAAGACCUAAAUGAUUACUUGGAUGUUCAAUUCCGCCUUCUUCGCGAAGAUUUUGUCGCUCCACUGCGCGAGGGAAUCAGAGAAAUCAAGAAGAAGGUCCCCAAGAAAAGUCGAUCGCAAGACUUGAACAUUUAUGAAAAUGUCGAAAUUAUGAACACCGGUUAUACAAUGGCUGGAGUCGUUCAUAGCAUUCGUCUGGUGAUGAAAAACCUCGGAAAGAUACCGUGGGAGCACUCGAAACGCUUACUGUAUGGAUCAUUCCUUUGCUUGUCAAAAGAUAAUUUUAAAACCAUGCUGUUUGCGACGGUAGCAAAUCGGAAACCACAAGAUCUUCGGUCAGGAAAGCUGGACAUUCGAUUUGUCGACGACCUCGAGGGUACCCAUAGAAUGCUUGAUAAGUAUGUAAUGGUGGAAUCACCAGCUUAUUUUGAGGCUUAUCGACCCAUUCUGCACCAGCUACAGUAUAUUACCACAGAUACGUUUCCAUUCCAAGAGUACUUGGUCCAUUGUAACCCCGAUGUCAAGCCUCCUCAGUACCUCAAAUCCAAAAACCAAGUAUGGUACGACCUGAGAGAGACUCUCAGUGUACUCGAGGGCGCGGACAAAGUGGCCAUUUGCGACUUUGAGACAUGGCCUGACGUCGAUGACGUGAAACUCAACAAUUCCCAAUUUCAAGCGUUAAAAGGUGCCUUGACGAAAGAGUUCUCGGUCAUUCAAGGUCCUCCAGGCACAGGUAAGACGUACGUUGGUUUAAAGAUUGUGAGAGCCCUUCUAGACAACAAGCAUGUCUGGAACGAGGAAAAGAAGUCCGCCAUGUUGAUGGUUUGUUACACAAACCAUGCCCUGGAUCAGUUUCUGGAGGGAGUACUAAAAUUCCAACAAACAGGAGUUAUAAGAGUUGGAGGCAGAAGUUCUUCGGAGAGUCUCAAAGCCCACAACUUACAAGAACACACACAGCCUUCCGACAGCAAGCGCUGGGUCAAGCAAGAAAUGACGAAAUGCCAAGACGCCAUCCAAAGAGCACGUAGCAAACUGGCGCGGAGCAAGCGAAAUAUCCUCAGACUGGGAGACCUGCACAGCUAUGUCGGUCCGAAACACUUCGACCAAUUCAAAGCAAAAGAGAGCAUUUUAAACUUGCAAGGAAAAUCAGUUCUUGAAAACUGGCUAGGUCUGGAACAGAUCCCUGUGACAAUGAGGAGUUCAUUGAAUGAGACUCCGACCGCCGAGUCCGUUGCUGACAAAGGUAGUUCCCGUGAAGAUGCUAAUGAAGUUAUGGAAGAUAACAUCGAAGUAGACAGAGAUGCUGAAAUUAUUCAAAACCAGCGCUUGCUAGGUGAGAAUCAGUUCCAGCUUCUAAAAAAACAGGACAACACCGAGCGAGAAAAACAGUACCCUACCAAUCUCUCGGAAGAUCAUUUGAAAGUUCUCGCAGGAGAAUCCAAGCUUCAACCCCUCACUGUGACCCAACUUUCCAAGAUUAACAAUGUUUGGAACCUUCCCUUCGAGGACCGCUGGAGGCUGUAUUUGUUUUGGCUCAGGUUGUUUCAAUCUUACUGCCAAGAAGAAAUUUCACAGAGGAAUAAGCAAUACGAGGACAUCUGUAAACGCUUCACAGAGAUUAAAACCCAGGGAGAAUUGCACGCCCUAAAACAUGCUGUAGUGAUUGGAAUGACCACUACUGGAGCUGCAAAGUACCGCGCCCUACUGGAAGAGAUUAAACCAACAAUAGUCGUCGUUGAAGAAGCAGCAGAAGUUCUUGAAGCUCACAUCAUAACGUCCUUGACUAAGAACACGCAGCAUUUGAUUUUGAUCGGUGACCACCAGCAGUUGAGACCGAACCCGUCCGUAUACACUCUAGCGAAGGACUAUCAUCUUGAUGUGUCCUUGUUCGAAAGAAUGGUAAAUAGUGGGAUGACGUGUUACCAGCUCAACACUCAGCAUCGAAUGAGACCUGAAAUCGCGCGACUUAUGAGGUUCAUCUACGAAGAUCUUCAAGAUCAUGAAGAAGUUCAUACAUACGAAGAUGUGAAAGGUGUAUCCAAAAACAUUUAUUUCAUAAAUCACCAAGUCCUUGAAGAUGAAAGUGAAGUCAAUGACAGACUCAAGAGCCAUUCAAACAAACACGAAGCAACAUUCAUCGCAGCACUUUGCGAGUAUUUUAUCCUGCAAGGGUACGCACCACAUGAGAUAACGGUGUUGACCAUGUACACUGGGCAAGUUAUCACUCUGCAAAGGACAAUGCCAAAAGAUAGAUUUGAGGGAGUGAGAGUCACGGCUGUUGAUAAUUUUCAAGGCGAAGAGAAUGAAAUAAUUCUGCUUUCCUUGGUUAGAUCUAACAAGCAGAGGAAAAUUGGCUUCCUUGCAGUUAAGAAUCGGGUCUGCGUGGCACUGUCUCGAGCUCGGAAAGGUUUUUAUUGCAUCGGCAACUUCUCCUUGCUGGCUGAAAAAAGUGAACUUUGGAAGAGAAUUGCCCAAGAUAUGAAAGAUCAUAAUGCCAUAGGGGAAGCAUUAGAGUUGGUUUGCACUAAACACCCCGAUCGAAAAAUCCACGCGAGGGUUGCAGACGACUUCAAGUCAGCACCAGAGGGUGGAUGUACAUUGCCUUGCAAGUUUCGACUUCCCUGCGGUCACAGUUGCACAAGGGUGUGUCAUCCUGAUGACAGUGACCAUGCCCUGUACAAAUGCCAGAAAGAUUGUUCAACCGAGGUCUGUUCAGAGCAUCAAACUAAGUGCAGCAAAAAGUGCCACUUUGGCGAGGUUUGCCUAUUGUGCCCUGUAGAAGUGGAAAAGAAGAUCCCUAAAUGUGAACACCAACAACUUGUGCCAUGCGGAAUAUCUGUGGAGACAUUUAAGUGCCAGAAGAAGUGUUGGAACUAUCUGCCAUGUCGUCAUCUGUGCCCUGGAAAAUGCUGGGAGGAAUGUGCACUUUUCCAGUGUGAGAAAAUUGUCCAGAAGAGAUUUGAAUGUGGUCAUGAAAUUGAAAAGCCUUGCUGGGAGGUUUCAGAAUAUGCGCAAUGCGAAGAGCCUUGUCGUGCAACCUUGGACUGUGGUCACCCUUGCGUUGGAGACUGCCGCGAAUGCAAGCAAGGACGAAUUCACGUUCCUUGUGAGGCCGACUGUAAUAGAAGAAGGGUUUGCCUUCACCCCUGCAAAGAGCCUUGCACAACGAACUGCCCGCCAUGUCCUGAGAAAUGCGAAAAUCGAUGUUCCCAUAGCCGAUGUCCUAGACAAUGUAUGGAAGCUUGCGCACCGUGCAGGGAACCCUGUGCCUGGGUUUGCCCUCACUUCAAAUGCACAAAGCUUUGUGGCGAGAAAUGCAACCGUCCUCGGUGUAACGAGUCAUGCAGGAAGAAGCUUAGAUGUAGCCACCCGUGCAUUGGUAUUUGCGGAGAACCUUGCCCGAAGUUGUGCCGAAUUUGCCAUGAAGAUGAAGUUACCCAGGUGUACUUUGGAACUGAGCAAGACAAAAAUGCAAGAUUCAUUGAGUUGUCAGACUGUGAACACGUGGUUGAAGUUACAGCAAUGGAUUACUGGAUGGACAAGGAUAGUGGAAGUGACGAUAUUAAAUUGAAGCAAUGCCCCAUCUGCCAGACUCCUAUCAGGAUUAGCUACCGGUAUGCUGAUAUCGUUAAAGAAAAGUUGGCUGACAUCGAAAAGGUUAAAGCUCGAAUGAACAAGGAAGAGAAAAACUAUCAGCGGUUGACCGUAGAGUUGGAAAGAAUAGCUUACUCUCUUGAACGAAAGUAUCCCGAUAUCAGUCGGCAACGGAAAUCUUCAUCGGAGAGAAAACACAAUGACGAGCAAAUGUUCAGCUCUUCAAGUUACGAUAUUUUAAUGGGUUGGCUGCAGCAAAGGAAAACUAUGGCCGAGCUGAGUACAAUUAAGAAUCAGAUGAGGAUACUGAUCCAAAUAUACAAGAUAAGAGAGAGAAUGAAGCUGGAUCUUUUGAAAAAAACUCGUUAUGGAGUACUAACACCACCCAGUGCAAGCCACUCAGAUGAUGUGUUCUUACAAGCAGCAAGAGACAUUGAUGAAGCACUUGAUCAUUUAGAAGAAGAUCUAAUGAAGUUUCAAGUUUCUUAUCAGAGGCUGGUUGAUAUACGGGAUGAACUCGUAUGUGUGAGUUUCUCGCUGAACAUUCGAGUGAUUCAGUGUAAAAUCGAGGAAGGUUCCAUUACUGUCGCAUCUGACCAAGAAAAGUGGCUGAAGACACUGGGCAGGAAGCUGGACGCUGGCCAAAAGCUUGGGAAAGAAGCUUUCGAUCACAUUGAAGGUACAAUAAACGAGAUCCGAGAAGAAUGUGAUUUGGAAAGUCUGCCUGCAGAAGAGCGAAUUAAAAUUUUCAGGCCAAUGAACUUCUCCCAAGGACUAUGGCACAAGUGUCCGAACGGGCAUCCCAGUAACGUAGUAGGCGAAUGCCCAGAAUGCGGUGCAGCAGUUGGAGACAGGAGUGACACACUUGGUCAAGGAAAUCAGAUUGCAACAGCAGGGAAUGAGGCAAUGUAUACUGAUUAGUCCCACUAAAGGAACCAGCAGAUAUAUGGCCCUGAAGACCAAAGACGUCUACUAUUUGAAAAAGGACAUUUCUGGAUCGGUUCCACAGGUUACAGUUAAAACUAAACGUUACAAUUUUCCAGCGUUGAGACAUUUAAGAGGUGAUUAAUUUUACAAAAAACAUCAUGAAAGUAAUUCCCCCUAUAAGUGGUCAUGUGGUAGAAUAAAAACAUGAUUGAAAUUUGGCAAUAGUUCAUUUUACAGUUGCAUGCUAGGUUGCUAAGCCUUUGAACAGGAGUGAGGCUAAGGUUGACCUUGUUUACCUUGCUGCUUUUCAAAUGCAAAUUACUUUGUUAUCAUGCUAACUAGAUACUGGUCUCUAUCACAACAAGGUCACCUUCAGUUUCACUCCAAGUCAAAGGCUUGGCAACUAAAUACACAACUGUAUAAUGGCCUAUUAAAAGUGGUAACUCACCUUUAAGGUAGUCCUCACUGCGUAUGCUCUCAUGGGUGAUUGGAUUAAUUAAAUCUCCAAUAUUCGAAGAAGGAUGACUUUUCUUUUCUUUCGUCUCUUCCUUUGAAUUGAGCAACAACGUUCUUCACGUUUGAUUAAUGUAGAGAAACUUUUAGUGUUGAAUAAGAGAAAAUUUAUUUUGCACGUAUUAAGCAGAUCGAUAUUUCACUGCAUAUUUUACUGAUAUUCUAUGGAAACAUUAGCUAAACGUUGGGCAUACAUGACAUGUUUCUCUUCUUAAAAGAGUCGCCCAUUUUACCUUAUUACAGGACGUUAUUCAUACUGUGACUUAAUUCAUGUGAUCUUUCGACAGCUUUUAUCAAAGUCGUCACAGAAGUCCUCAGGUUGACUUAUGUUUUCAUUUUUUAAAUGAUUCUUAUAAGUAGUUGAGUAUUUUUUUCUCCUAUACACUCGGGAUAGCGAUUAAAGCCAUCUUCUUUAACAAGAGGAAGUUAGAGGAUCUCGAUGUCGUAUCAAAAGUCCCCAGUUUCAAACAUGGGUUUAACUUAAAGAAAGCAAGUCAUUCCCUAUCUACUAAGCCUACUCAGGGCUGAAGAAUGUAAGUGUCUUUUCUGCUGAAAAAUUUGCACGAGGCGUUUCAUCGUCAUCAUUGGCAACGUUAAAAUCCAAUUUCUCAGAACUUCUUGCGCCAUUCUGUAGGCAAUGUAUGGUUCCUGAGGAAGGCAACGAGGCACUGAGCUCUUAAUCUACAGCUUUGGAAUCUAAAUAUCUGCCUUUGUUUAGAGUAGGUGGAUUCAAACACUUUACAGUGUAAAACACCGUGACAAAGAGAAAGACAAUCGGCGCAACCAACUCACAGAAUCGUUCAAGAAACGAAAACAUGUAUUAAUGGACUGUGGAAAAUUCGGCUACCUAUUCAGAUGUGAUCAAGUCGCCUUAUACAAUCAAACGAAGAUACACGUACAUUGUGCAAGAAUUUGUCUCCUAGAGAUGAAUUUUUAACAGGCUUAACCUUCUGUCAAAGGGGGAAAGUUUCAAAAGAAAUUGUGGUGCUGCACGUGUCAGUUUGCCAAAGCGAACAUUAGCUUACAAACACUUUACGGUGGUCAGUUUACGUUAUCAACUCAGUUGAUAAAAAGAAAAUAUUUUGUCUUCUGUCCGACUGGUUUCCACUUUUGUAUGAAUCCUUUUUACUCUAUUCUUUAGCCCUCAAAAUGUUGGAGUGAAUGAGUUUUGUAACCAUUGUUUAUCAAAUAAAGUACGGUGUUUCUCAAGGAUUUCCAGCCCUGAGAAAAGCCGUAACAGCACAUGUGAAGAAUCA